CCCGGCCGCUCGGGAAGAUGCGGCUGCUGCUGCCGGAAUGGCUCUUCUUGCUCUUUGGCCCGUGGCUCCUGAGGAAGGCCGCCAGUGUCCAGCUACCAGAGUCCAGGAGGCCGCAGUACCUGGAACUUCGCUCUGCCGAGGCCGCAGGGGGCGCCCCUGGCCAUCAGCUCCCGGCACCGCCGCGGUCCACCGAUGGCCUGGGAACCGCCCGCGCCUGGAGCUGGGCCUGGCCGGCUAAUCACACUGGGGUACUAGCCCGGGUGGGGACGGCAGGGGCGCCCGCGCAGCGCACCAAAAGAAAGCCGUCUAUCAAAGCGGCCCGCGCCAAAAAGAUCUUUGGCUGGGGGGACUUCUACUUCCGGGUGCACACUCUCAAGUUCUCCCUGCUGGUGACCGGUAAGAUCGUGGACCAUGUGAACGGUACCUUCAGCGUGUAUUUCCGCCACAACUCGUCCAGCCUGGGCAAUCUCAGCGUCAGUAUCGUGCCGCCCUCCAAGCGUGUCGAGUUUGGGGGUGUCUGGCUUCCAGGGCCCGCCCCCCACCCUCUGCAGUCUACACUGGCCCUGGAGGGGGUGCUCCCUGGGCUGGGGCCCCCGCUGGGGAUAACGGCCGCAGGGCCUGGGUUAGGCGGCACCCUCGGGGGCGCGCUGGCGGGUCCGCUUGGGGGCGCUCUGGGAGUACCCGGGGCCAAAGAGUCACGCGCUUUCAAUUGCCACGUGGAGUAUGAGAAGACAAACCGCGCGCGCAAGCAUCGCCCGUGCCUGUACGACCCAUCGCAGGUGUGCUUCACCGAGCAUACGCAGAGCCAGGCCGCCUGGCUCUGUGCCAAGCCCUUCAAAGUCAUCUGUAUUUUCGUCUCCUUCCUCAGCUUUGACUACAAACUGGUGCAGAAGGUGUGCCCAGACUAUAACUUCCAGAGCGAGCACCCCUACUUUGGAUAGCGCGCCCCGCCCUUGCCAGGGUCUUGAACUUCCCGCGAAAUCCCGGACUCCCUAAGUGGGACCCUUCCCAGUGCCCCGCAGCUCCUGUGGCCGCGUCCACCCCUUCCACUCUGAGACGGAGAGGAACAGCCCUCCGGGGGACUAUCAGCCGGUAUGGGUCCCCUUUUCCUCAAGGGGAGUGCCCACAGGGCUGGGUAUAGCCCAUGCCUACAGCCUGAAGUGGAGGAGCAAGAGCGCAGCCCUAGAAUAGGCGGGGCUUGGAGGCGGUCCCAGCGUCCGCAAUGGGUUCCUUACUACGCCCCUAGCGCUGGGCUGGAUACUCCCUUUGCCCGCGGCUUUAAUAACGCCUGGCCUGGCAUCCUCAUCCCAUACUGACUUCCUUAUCCGCAGACGCUUGUCCUCCACCCUGUGCCCACGUAAAGACCGUAAAGGUCUAUAACCCCCGGGCUGUUCUAUCCCCUUCUGCCUGCCAUAUGCCUGGCCCCCUUUCCCGCAAACCUCAGUAAGUAGAGCAGCGGAUGCAGAACUCCUGGGCAUAGACUAGGGUCCCAGCCCUCUGCCCACCUCUCUCUGGUCCCUGCUGUCCUGCUCCACCUUUCUGGCUGCUUCCUCUCUGUGAUUUUUUUUUUUUUCCUACACCAAAACAGACGGGAAAGGGAACAAAAUAAAGUGAAAUCCAAUACA